UUUAGCUCUAUCCUCCAAAGUGUUGGUAAUCCCCCACCCAGCUUUGUGUCAUCUGCAAACUAGUCAGUGGGAAAUUCUGCCUGUAAAACAUUUCCCCCGUUUCCGAGAGGCUUCUGUCCAAGUGGCAGGAGGGAGGAGGAAUUCUCUGUCCAAAUGCAGUGGAAGCGCUAAGCACAGUGGAAACGGCGCAGGCUAACGAGGGGUUAAAAUGCAGGGCACAAGUAGGGAGGAGUUAGACACUACAAGGAAACUCAGCCCAAAGGCGGAACUGGAGAGAACAAAGGCGGGUUUAACCACGCUGCAGCUUUCUCCCUGCGCACAGAGGGGGGGGGGGCUUGCCGGCCCGGCUGAACAAAACCCCAGCGGUUGCGGGAGCUGUGGGAGAAGCCCCUCUUUCCAGACCGCAGCAUUGCCGGCUCCAGGAGGUUGCUCUGGUUUUGUGAGACAGUUUGUGCUUCUGGGCCCUCGGACCUGAUCCCCCAGCCGGCUCACAUGGUGUCAAAAAUGGGACACUGAGGUUGGAAGCCAGAGGCUGGAUGCUCCCUGCCAGGGGCAUGAAUGAGACCGAAAGGCCUGGGGUCUGGGCUCAUCCCCUGCUGGGAUAAGGACACCCCCGGGGAGCAUCCAUGGCUGCAGAGCAGGGGGCAGACGGGGCCCUAGACCUGCAGUUUCAGAUCCAUGUGGAGCAGUCGGUGUGCCCCGCUGGGCUGACGGAGCAGCAGGCCUCAGCUGGGCCCGAGCCAGAUGUGGGAUUGGAGCGGUCGGGCAGGCUGCCUAUUGUGGUGCAGUCCGGCACCAUUGGGGAGCUGCUGAGAUGGGUGGCGCCGCAGCAGGCCCGGUAUGCGUCGCAGAAGGAGAUGCUGCAGCACUGGGAGGAUGUCUGGCAGGAGGUGCUGCAGGCCCUGCGCAUCCUCCCAGAGGUGAGGCCGGCUCCGGCGUGCGCCCUCAGGCCUGGAGAACCAGAACUGCUGCCUCCUCCCGGAGUUGUGCCAGCACCGACUUGUGCACAUGGGUGUGAAAACCCCGCCUCCCAGGGGGCCAGAGAGUCACCCAGGGGUCUGGAGCAGGCUGGAAUCGAGCCGCAGGAGGAGAUGGCACCAUGUCAAGAGGAGCAGCUGUCAGCCACGCAGACCCCUGCCGAGGUUAAGCCAACUCCAGCACCUGCAUGGAGAACCCUGGAGCCACCACAGCUGGCCCCAGAGGACGAUAUCGAGGCCUAUCUGGCCACCUUUGAGCAGGUGGCUGACGCCUGCCAGUGGCCGAGAGGGGAGUGGACAACCCGACUGGAGCCGUACCUCACUGGGAAAGCCCAGCUGGCCUAUGGCAGCCUGGACAUCACAGAGACAAGUGACUAUGGGAAGGUGAAGGCCACCAUCCUGCAUCGCUAUGGCAUCAGCCCAGAGACACAGCGCAGGCGCUUCAGGGAAUUCCGCUACCAAGAGGCCGAGGGGCCCCGGGAGGCUUACAGCCACCUCCGGGAGCUCUGCCAUCGCUGGCUGGAGCCGCAGAGCCGCACCAAGGAGCAGAUCCUGGAGCUGCUGAUCCUGGAGCAGUUCCUGACCAUCCUGCCAGAGGAAAUUCAGGGCUGGGUCUGGGAACAUGGUCCCGAGACCGGCACCCAAGCGGUGGCUCUGGCUGAGGGGUUCCAGCUGGGGCAGCCAGAGGCCCAGUGGCCGGGACUACAGAUGCCGGUGCAGUUCAAGGAUGUGGCUGUGACUCUGACUGAGGCAGAGUGGUUGCUGUUGGAUGAGAAGCAGAGGCAGCUGUAUGGGACUGUCAUGCAGGAGAAUUACCGGAGCAUUAGCUCACUGGGUUUUCCGGUUCGCAAACCAGCCCUGAUCUCUCAGCUGGAGCGACGGGAGGAGCCGUGCAUCCUAGAUCCCGCAGCCUCUGAGGAGCAGGAGACCCAGAGGGAUGUCCCAGCAGGCACCGGCAGGGGGCUGGGCGCUGAGGAGCUGGCUGUGCAGCACCACGGGGAGGCGCAGGCACCUGUCAAAGCAGCUCCAAUGCCAAAGGCCUCACCAAGGCUGCCCAAGAGGAAAGCGCCCCAGAGCCCUGGCCGGAAGAGAAAGAAACCCUCUCUGGGUGGAGAAGAGCCAGCAGCCUGCUCUGAGGGUGGGAAACAGCAGCUCCCCACCUGUCCCACCUACAUGCAACAGCCGCGUCCUUCUGUGUGCAUGCAAAAGCCUUUCCUUCCUGUAUGCAGGAAACAGCCACCGCCUCUUGUGCACAGGGAACAGCCUGUCCCUCCUGUGUGCCGGGAACAGCCACCUCCUCCCCUAAGCAGGGAACAGCCGCCCCCUCCUGUGUGCCGGGAACAGCCGUCCCCUCCCCUGAGCAGGGAACAGCCGCCCCCUCCUGUGUGCCAGGAACAGCCACCCCCUGCUCCUGACAGGGAACAGCCGCCCCCUCCCCUGAGCAGGGAACAGCCGCCCCCUCCUGUGUGCCAGGAACAACCAGCCCCCGCUCCUGACAGGGAACAGCCGCCCCCUCCCCUGAGCAGGGAACAGCCGCCCCCUCCCGUGUGCCAGGAACAGCUGCUCCCUCCCCUGAGCAGGGAACAGCCGCCCCCUCCUGUGUGCCAGGAACAGCCACCCCCCGCUCCUGACAGGGAACAGCUGCCCCCUCCUGUGUGCUGGGAACAGCCGCCCCCGCCCCUGCGCAGGGAACAGCCGCCCUCCACUCCUGGCAGGGAACAUACAUCCCCCCCUAUGCACAAGGAACAGCCAGUCUCUCCUCGGUGCACUGAACAGCUGCUUCCUGCCCUGCACAGGACACAGCCACACCCCACUCUCAGCCAGGCACAGCAGCCCCCUCUGUCAUCGCCUGUUAAUUCCUGCUGCAAGAACGUGAUCAUGGGAGGAUCCCCCACUAGCAAUAGCCUGCCCCCAUCUAAGAGGUGCUACCAGUGCCCUGAGUGUGGCCGGGCCUUCAGGCAGAGCUCAGACCUGCAGCGGCACCGGCGCAUCCACACGGGAGAGAAACCUUUCCACUGCCCGGCAUGCGAGAAGAGCUUCCGGCUGCAGUCCAGCCUGAUCGUGCACCACCGCACCCACACCGGGGAGCGGCCCUACCAGUGCGGGGAGUGCGGCCGUGCCUUCUCGCAGAGCUCCAGCCUCCGGACUCACAGUAAGAUCCACUUGGACCAGAAACCCUAUGUUUGCUCUGUGUGCGGCAAGAGCUUCCACCACAACUCAAAUCUCGUCCUCCACCAGCGCACUCACACCGGUGAGCGGCCCUACGAGUGCAGCGUCUGCGCCAAGCGCUUCAGUGACCGCUCCACCCUGGCUCAGCACCGACGUGUCCACACAGGGGAGCGCCCCUACCCCUGCUCCGAGUGCGGGAAGUGCUUCAGCCAGGCCUCACACCUGGUCAAACACCGACGCACCCACACGGGCCCCUGCACCAUGCUGGCUAGGGACACAGCUGUCUCCCAAAAUAGGCCUGGCACAAGGGAGAAGAGAGACACUCCUAGACGCAGACCAGACAGUGGGGUAGAAAGAGCUGCCCCCAGAGACAGGCCAACCGAGGACAGAGCUCCUCCCAGACAUGGACCGGGAAUGGGGGCUGAGAGAGCCGCUCCCCAGAAUGGCCCUGGUACAAGAGAAGAGAGAGACACCCCCAGACAUGGGCUGGGCACAGGAGAGGAAAGACAGCAUGGAAAGAUGUGCUGUCUCUGAAAGAUGUUUUGGCAGGGAGAAGGAGAGAGAGGCCUCAAAAGACACUAGCCACGAGGAAGGACGCAGCUACCACCAAUCACAUGCCGGGCAUAGGUAUGGAGAAAGUGGCAACAAAAACCACGUUGGCUGUAGGGAAGGAAAGGUUGACCCCAGAAUCUGGGGCCGAUGAGAGGAGAGCUGCCCCUCAAAGUGGGCUGGGCAUGGGGGAGGACAGCGCCUCCCCAGACCAUGCCUCAAAGAAUGCCAAACAAAAGAUGCACCAGCUGUGGAUGAGGAGAGAGCAGCCCUGAAAGAUGCACUGAGGGCGGCGAAGGACAAAGCAGCAACAAAAGAUGCAUCAGUAGAGGGGAAGGGAGAGUCACCCAGAAACUUGCUUCAGAUGGGGAGGAGAGAGAGGCCUCAAGAGACACUCUGACCAUGGGGAAGGGGAGAGCUGC